AUGGACAGUAGCACGAAAGAAUUUGCUGGAUUUUUAUUAAUCUUAUUCAUAUUUGUGAGAAUUUACAGAUAUCAAAAGAAUAAGAAAGAUGUAGAAUUGAAAAAUAAUGAUCGAUUGGAAUCAUCAAGAGAAUUGGAAUAUCUAAAACAGGAUAUUAAACAAAUAAAUACAGCUUCUAAUGGAGGUAAGAAUGAACCGAUUAAAAGUGCAUUAUCAUCCGGCUCUAAAGAUAAAGAGAAACCCAAAAAAUCAGUGUCUAUUCAAGAAGCCCCAUUAAAGAAGAAAAAAGUUUUCAAAAGAAAAGUAACUCAAGAUAUGAUAGAAGUUGUUCAAACGUUAGCUCCUUCUUUAUCUGUGGCUCAAAUCAGAUAUAGUUUAAAACAAACUGGUUCUGUGGAAACCACUGUAGAAGAUUUCUUAUCAGGUAAGGAAAUGUUUGAUCCAACAAAGGACAAAAAAGUGGAAAAAAAGGAUCUACAAGAAAAGAAUAUUGAAAAAGACAAGAAUACUACAAAAACUGCUGAAAAAAAGAAUAGCUUUUAUUUUUUUUCUAAUUGUAUGUUACUUUUUUUUGCUUUUUUUAUUUUUCACAUACACAUGCAUCAUAAAUACGUAAAUAAAUACCCUAUUUGUCAUUUAAUUAUUCAUAUUACGUAA